ACACACACUGACUUCACCUUGAUAACACACAUACAGAGGUCGCAUGACGCUCAACUUAACUUCUCCAUGGCCGAAUCGUCUCUAUCUUCACCAUCAUCGCUUCCUAUCGACUUCCAACGAAGCCACACAAAGUUUGUCAAAAUCCCAGGUUUUUUGCAAUCUUCGUAACUACAAGAACAUCAAGGCUUCAUUGAGUGAGAGCUAUCAUGAAGGUGCUGUAGCGGCUGGUGAUGAUGAUGCUGGUAAUGGUGAUUUUGAGUUGAUUAUUAAUAGAGUUUCGGCUGCAAAAGAUGCGAGUGAAGCACUUGAGGUGUUUGGUGAAAUGACCAAGAGAAGCGGUGGUGUCGUCAGUACUUCUGAUUGUUCUUUGAUCAUUUCGGCUGCGCUUGAUCGGAACAAUGCGGAUUUGGCACUGUCGAUUUUUAAAGCCAUGAGGUCGAGUUUCAAUGCAGGUGUGGGAGAUAAAGAUGUUGGUGACAGAUGGAGGUGGUCCAGACCUGAUGUAAAUACAUACACACUGUUAGUUCGGGGUCUUGCAGCAUCAUUGAGGGUUUCAGAUGCCCUUAGGAUCAUUGCUAAUGUUUGCCGAGUUGGAGUAUCUCCUGGUGAAGAGGUUCCUUUUGGUAAGAUUGUAAGAUGUCCUAGUUGUAUGAUAGCUGCUGCUGUUGCACAACCCCAAAAUGGUAUUCAGAUUGUUUCUUGCUCCAAAUGCCGUUACCAAUAUGAGCUUGUUUCUGGCAACAUAAUUAGUAUCGAGUCAGAAGAAAUCAGCAUGGAUGUGCCUGCAUGGAAAAAGGGGCUACAGUUAUUGCAGCUAGUGAAAGAAAGUACUCCUGCUGCUGUUCACUCCAUUGUGGUCCAGACACCAUCUGGUAUGGCUCGAACCCACAGAUUUGCUACUAAAACAGUUGAUCUCCCUGCACAAGAAGGGGAACGGGUGACAAUUGCUGUAGCUGCUCCAUCGAGUGUCUAUCGGGAAGUGGGUCCCUUGAAAUUUAGCCCCAAAACCCCCAACUAUUACCCUGGAGAGCCCAUGUGCCUAACAAACCAUCAAGAUGGCAGAGAAUCACCAUUACUGAGAGCCCCUACAAAAAAUGGAGGACUGUCCUUAUUUAGCCCAGCUGUCUUUUUUCCGCUUCUCACUGUCUUAGCCACAGGAGAUAUGGCCUCAGGAAUAAUAGAUCCCAGCUUACCUCAAUUUAUUACGGUUGCAGCUGUUUCAUCUUUAGCUGUCGGAGCCACUUUAAACGGUCUGGUAUUUCCACAGUUCAAUCGACUUCCUCAAAGACUUGUGGAAACAGUUGCCAUAAGGCAGCAACUACUGUCUCAGUAUGAUACACUUCAAUCUCGCAUUAAGGAUUUAAAAGACGCUGCUGACAAUGAGGUAUGGAUGCUGGCUCGUAUGUGCCAACUGGAGAACAAAAUUGUCGCUGUUGGAGAACCUUCUUACCGUGCACGGAGAAGUAGAGUCAAAAGGGUGCGUGAAGGCUUGGAAAGUUCCUUGAAAUCACGAAUCGAACUGAUUGAAAGCUAUGCAAGAAUUUCUUCAAUGAUCGAAAUAGAAGUAGAAAUGGACUCUGAUGUCCUAGCUGCUGAAGCAGCCAGCAAUGUGGAGACUAUUGCUGAACAAAUAGAACAGAUAAUGGAGCUUGAAAAUCUUGAAGAGAAAUGGAGAAUUCAAGCGGAGGCAAAUGAUGAGGUGGAGAAACUUCUGAGUUCAGAGACCGUCGUACCUUCACAACAGGUUCCAGAUAUAUAGCCAUUGAUUAGUCGAACAAUCAGCUUUCUUACACAAUCCUCAUAUAUACUCUUUUGAUAAUUUAUCUCUCCACAAAGUUAGGAACCAUCAUAACCACCCCAGUUCCUACUUUCAAUUAGAUCAAGAGGAUUAUUGAAAAAGAGAAUUUGGUGCCUGCUUG